AAACUGGCUCUACCGUCCAUCUCUCACGUCCAAGCGCGCGGGUUCGAAGACCAGUGGUAUCAACCAGCCAACGUCUUGCAAGCCACGUCCACCGCUGAGCGUUUGCCUGCCCUCUCCCAACUCCAGACCUUCACGUCUGUGGGUUCUUCACCAAGAGGAAGCUCUAUCACUUCAGCAGAACCCAUCUGCGGUACCGACACAGCCACCUCAUACUCGUCCUCCUUCCACGGCGCCUACAGCACCGGCCUCAAGACACCCUCUCCUGACCAGACCCCCGCCUAUCGCAGAGAUAGUGUUCAGUCCGGACUACACGGCCAAUCCGUUCCUAUCACGAGUUACGAUCAGAACAGCAUUUCUUGUAUCAGCAUGAAUCAAACUCAGCCUUACAUGGACGUGAGUCAAAGUCACAUGUCUAGUAGUAUCCCUUCUUCGGCUCCCCCGCCAGGCCUCGGCCAUUACGCCAGCUACCACCAACCCCAGUCUCACCCUUACGGUUCAUCACCUUCGACCUACUCCCAAUACUACACCAAUGGCCUCGCUCCUCUGCACCACGCCUCGGCAGGUGGGUUGGGCUCUCAAAUGGUUCCUCAAUCGCAACUUCCCCUUCCCAGUAACGUAUCGCCUCAAUCUGCGCAGGGUCAAUACUCUAGCGCGACAUUUGACAUCACAGGACAGAUUGCGCCUCCUGGUAUGAAGCCCAGAGUGACUGCCACUCUCUGGGAAGACGAGGGAAGCCUCUGCUUCCAAGUCGAGGCAAACGGUAUCUGCGUGGCUAGACGCGAAGACAACCACAUGAUCAACGGAACAAAAUUGCUCAAUGUGGCUGGUAUGACGCGCGGUCGUCGUGACGGUAUUCUCAAGAGCGAGAAGAACAGACACGUGGUCAAGAUUGGCCCUAUGCACCUCAAGGGAGUGUGGAUUCCCUUUGACCGCGCUCUCGAGUUCGCCAACAAGGAGAAGAUCACCGAAAAACUCUACCCCCUUUUCGUGCACAACAUCGGGGCUCUGCUUUACCACCCUUCUAACAACGCUAGCCGCACUAUCGGUGGUGCUACUUCUUUGGUUCCGGGUGAGCGCAGACGUCCUGAUGAGUACAUGAGAGGGCCCGUAAGCCAGCCUCCUGCCAUGCCUCACGCUCACUCGAUGGCCAUGCCUCAACCGCCGCAUGCGCUUGCUCCUAAUGCUGGAAGACCCAACUUGGACAGAGCUCACACUUUCCCCACUCCUCCUACCAGCGCAUCCAGCAUGAUGGGCGUCGGCUCGGAAGCUUCUUACCAGUGGAGCGCUCAACCACCUUCAACUAUGCAGCAGCAACAGCCCUCGCAACAGCCUUUGGCCAUCGAUACCAACAUGAACAACAGAUCCGUACCCACCACUCCUGCAACCACUCCUCCUGGAAGCGCUAUGCACAGCAUGCCCCCUUACCAGACCAGUCAAGCAUACGACAAUGGUCGUCCGUUGUAUUCGGCGUCUUCGCAAUCCUCUCAGUACGGUCCUCGUUAUGGUCAGCUCCAGCCCAGCCCUUACAUUAAGAAUGAAAUGGCUCCUCCGGCUCGUGCUGGCGCAGAGGCCGAUCACUCGGUCGACCAGAAGCCCCAGGAUGCUUACGCCAACCACUCUGGCGCCCACGACGAUGCUCAAGGUGAGCACGAAGGCGAGUACACACACGCUUCUGGACCUUAUGGUGGAAACCGUGCUUCAUAUGCUUACGCCACACCUGCUACGACUGCUUCCUUGCACAGCGAUCAGACGCACAUGUCCUCGGACAUGACCGGCUCGCCUCAUCACAAGGCUUCCGGCGGUGCUACUCCUCGUACUACCAACAACUACCACGCUGGAUACACCACGCCUCAGCGCUCUCAGCACAUCCAGUCCAACUUGUUCAGUGUCAUGAGCGACAAUCGCGCUCCCAACGGCUCUGAGAUGUACGGACAAGCCAACCAUGCCUACGGAUCUCAAGGAUACCAAGCCGUGAACGGUAUGCAGAAGCGCAUGCGUGAUGAUGAUGUCGACGAUCGCUACAACAACGACGACUCGGACGGCCUCAAGCGAAGAAAGACAGUACGCGAAGGCAGCGCAGGAAUCGGGCGCCCUCGCUCUGUCCUUGCCGCACACCGAUAA